AUGUCGUUCAAGGGCGCACGGCUCAGCAUGAGGAACAGAAGGAACGGCACGCCGGACAGCACGCGGACCCUGUAUUCCAGCACGUCCCGGAGCACCGACGUGUCCUACGCGGAGAGCGACUUGGUGAAUUUCAUUGAAGCAAAUUUUAAGAAACGGGAGUGUGUCUUCUUUACCAAAGAUUCCAAGGCCACGGAAAAUGUGUGCAAGUGUGGCUAUGCCCAGAACCAACACAUAGAAGGCACCCAGAUCAACCAAAACGAGAAAUGGAAUUACAAGAAACAUACAAAGGAAUUUCCCACUGAUGCUUUUGGAGAUAUUCAGUUUGAGACUCAGGGGAAGAAAGGGAAGUAUAUCCGGCUGUCCUGCGACACGGACGCGGAGACGCUGUACGAGCUGCUGACCCAGCACUGGCACCUGAAAACGCCCAACCUGGUCAUUUCUGUGACUGGCGGCGCCAAGAACUUCUCCCUGAAGCCGCGCAUGCGCAAGAUCUUCAGCCGCCUGAUCUACAUCGCGCAGUCGAAAGGUGCCUGGAUUCUCACAGGAGGCACCCACUAUGGGCUGAUGAAAUUCAUUGGGGAGGUGGUGAGAGAUAACACCAUCAGCAGGAAUUCAGAGGAGAAUAUCGUGGCCAUUGGCAUCGCCGCUUGGGGCAUGGUCUCCAACAGGGACACCCUCAUCAGGAAUUGUGAUGUGGAGGGAUAUUUUUCAGCUCAGUACAUUAUGGAUGACUUCAAGAGAGACCCUCUGUACAUCCUGGACAACAACCAUACCCACCUGCUGCUCGUGGACAACGGCUGCCAUGGGCACCCCACCGUGGAGGCCAAGCUCCGGAAUCAGCUGGAGAAGUACAUCUCCGAGCGCACGAUUCAAGAUUCCAACUAUGGUGGCAAGAUCCCCAUUGUGUGUUUUGCCCAAGGAGGUGGGAAAGAGACUUUGAAAGCCAUCAAUACCUCCGUCAAAAGUAAAAUCCCCUGCGUGGUGGUGGAAGGCUCCGGGCAGAUUGCCGAUGUGAUCGCGAGCCUGGUGGAGGUGGAGGAUGUCCUGACGUCAUCCAUCAUCAAGGAGAAGCUGGUGCGCUUCCUGCCCCGCACGGUGUCCCGGCUGCCUGAGGAGGAGACGGAGAGCUGGAUCCGAUGGCUCAAAGAAAUUCUCGAAAGUUCUCACCUACUAACAGUUAUUAAAAUGGAAGAAGCAGGGGAUGAAAUUGUGAGCAAUGCAAUCUCCUAUGCAUUGUACAAAGCCUUUAGCACCAAUGAACAAGAUAAGGAUAACUGGAAUGGGCAGCUUAAGCUCCUACUGGAGUGGAACCAGCUGGACAUAGCCAAUGAUGAGAUUUUCACCAACGACCGCCGAUGGGAGUCUGCUGACCUUCAGGAAGUGAUGUUUACAGCUCUUAUAAAGGACAGACCCAAGUUUGUCCGCCUCUUUCUGGAGAAUGGGUUGAACCUGCGGAAGUUCCUCACCAACGACGUCCUCACGGAGCUCUUCUCCAAUCACUUCAGCUCCCUGGUGUAUCGAAACCUGCAGAUUGCCAAGAAUUCCUAUAAUGAUGCCCUCCUCACAUUUGUCUGGAAACUGGUUGCUAACUUCCGAAGAGGCUUCCGGAAGGAAGACAGGAAUAGCAGAGAUGAAAUAGACAUAGAGCUCCACGAUGUGUCUCCCAUUACUCGGCACCCCCUGCAAGCACUCUUCAUCUGGGCCAUUCUUCAGAACAAGAAGGAACUCUCCAAAGUCAUUUGGGAGCAGACCAGGGGCUGUACACUGGCUGCCCUGGGGGCCAGCAAACUUCUGAAGACUCUGGCUAAGGUGAAGAACGACAUCAACGCUGCAGGGGAGUCAGAGGAGCUAGCAAACGAGUACGAGACCCGAGCAGUGGAGCUGUUCACGGAGUGUUACAGCAAUGAUGAGGACUUGGCGGAACAACUCCUGGUCUAUUCCUGUGAAGCCUGGGGCGGAAGCAGCUGUCUGGAGCUGGCGGUGGAGGCAACCGACCAGCAUUUCAUUGCCCAGCCCGGGGUCCAGAAUUUUCUUUCCAAGCAGUGGUAUGGAGAGAUUUCCCGAGACACCAAGAACUGGAAGAUUAUCCUCUGUCUGUUUAUUAUACCCUUGGUUGGCUGUGGCUUUGUAUCAUUUAGGAAAAAGCCCCUGGACAAGCCCAGGAAGCUCCUGUGGUACUACGUGGCCUUCUUCACCUCCCCGUUCGUGGUCUUCUCCUGGAACGUGGUCUUCUACAUCGCCUUCCUCCUGCUCUUCGCCUACGUGCUGCUCAUGGAUUUCCACUCUGUGCCCCACGCCCCGGAGCUGGUCCUCUACGCGCUUGUCUUUGUCCUGUUCUGUGAUGAAGUGAGACAGUGGUACGUGAACGGCGUGAAUUACUUCACUGACCUGUGGAAUGUCAUGGAUUCACUCGGGCUUUUCUACUUCAUAGCAGGAAUUGUGUUUCGGCUCCACCCUUCUAACAAAACCUCACUGUACUCAGGACGAGUGAUUUUUUGCCUGGAUUACAUUAUAUUCACCCUAAGGUUGAUUCACAUUUUCACAGUCAGCAGAAAUUUAGGACCCAAGAUUAUAAUGUUGCAGAGGAUGCUGAUCGAUGUAUUCUUCUUCCUGUUCCUCUUUGCCGUGUGGAUGGUGGCCUUUGGCGUGGCCAGGCAGGGGAUCCUUAGACAGAAUGAGCAUCGCUGGAGGUGGAUCUUCCGCUCAGUCAUCUAUGAGCCCUACCUGGCCAUGUUUGGCCAAGUGCCCAGCGAUGUGGACGGUACCACGUACGACUUCUCUCACUGCACCUUCACCGGGAACGAGUCCAAGCCCCUGUGCGUGGAGCUGGAUGAGCACAACCUGCCCCGUUUCCCCGAGUGGAUCACCAUCCCCCUGGUGUGCAUCUACAUGCUGUCCACCAACAUCCUGCUGGUCAACCUGCUGGUCGCCAUGUUCGGCUACACCGUGGGCACUGUCCAGGAGAACAACGACCAGGUCUGGAAGUUCCAGAGGUACUUCCUGGUGCAGGAAUACUGCAGCCGCCUCAACAUCCCGUUCCCCUUCGUGGUCUUCGCCUACUUCUACAGGGUGGUCAAGAACUGCUUCCGGUGCUGCUGCAAAGAGAGGAACACGGAGCCCUCCGCCUGCUGUUUCAGGAAUGAAGACAACAUGACUCUGGCAUGGGAAGGUGUCAUGAAAGAAAAUUACCUUGUCAAGAUCAACACAAAGGCCAGCGACCCUUCAGAGGAAAUAAGGCAUCGUUUUAGACAGCUGGAUACAAAGCUUAAUGACCUCAAAGGUAUUCUGAAAGAGAUUGCUAAUAAAAUCAAAUAA